GCCGGAGCCGCUCUCCCAGCAGUUUCGCUGCACAGGGCAGGCAGCCUACUGUGUGGCUGCGCGAGAGCGGACAGUAUGUGGUGGUGGUGGUGGUGGUAAUGGCUGCCAGAGAAAGUGAGACUGACAACAAAUGAAUCCUUGAACGAAGACCGAAAGUGAGGAAGAGGAUGGUAAGCAGCCAGCCGAAGUACGAGCUGAUUCAGGAGGUGGGGCGCGGCAGCUACGGCGUGGUGUACGAGGCGGCGGUGAGGAGCACGGGGGCCCGCGUGGCCGUCAAGAAGAUCCGCUGCCACUCGCCGGAGAACGUGGAGCUGGCCCUGCGCGAGUUCUGGGCGCUGAGCAGCAUCCAGAGCCAGCACCCCAACGUCAUCCACCUGGAGGAGUGCGUGCUGCAGCGGGACCGGCUGGCCCAGAGGAUGAGCCAUGGCUCCAGCUCCCCGCUCUACCUGGAGCUGGUGGAGACCUCCCUCAAGGGGGAGAUCAUGUUUGACCCGUGCUGCGCCUACUACCUGUGGUUCGUCAUGGACUUCUGCGACGGCGGCGACAUGAACUCCUACCUGCUGUCCCGCAAGCCCAGCCGCAAGACCAACACCAGCUUCAUGCUGCAGCUGGGCAGCGCGCUGGCCUUCCUGCACCGCAACCAGAUCAUCCACCGGGACCUCAAGCCCGACAACAUCCUCAUCUCGCAGGGCCGCACGGCCGCCGGCUGCCCCGAGCCCACCCUGAAGGUGGCGGACUUCGGCCUGAGCAAGGUGUGCUCCUCCUCCGGGGUGAACCCCGAGGAGCCGGCCAGCGUCAACAAGUCGUUCCUGUCGACGGCGUGCGGCACGGACUUCUACAUGGCGCCCGAGGUGUGGGAGGGCCACUACACGGCCAAGGCGGACAUCUUUGCGCUGGGCGUGAUCAUCUGGGCCAUGGUGGAGCGCAUCACCUUCGUGGACGUGGAGACCCAGAAGGAGCUGCUGGGCAGCUACGUGCAGCAGGGCACCGAGAUCGUGCCGCUGGGCGAGGCGCUGCUGGAGAAUCCCAAGAUGGAGCUGCUGAUCCCGGCCCGGAAGAAGAGCAUGAACAGCCACAUGAAGCAGCUGAUCCGGGACAUGCUGUCGGCCAACCCCCAGGAGCGGCCCGACGCCAUGGAGCUGGAGCUGCGCCUGGUGCGCAUCGCCUGCCGGGAGCUGGACUGGGACACGUGACCCGGGCGGACAGGACCAGGACCAGGACCCGGACCCGGACACGGCUCGAGGCGAAGCACACUCACCACGUCUUGGGGACAUCCCUUCAGCAAUCGAGUUUUAUUGUAAUCUAUUCUAAUUGGAAGGUUUAUCUCUAAGCUAACGUAACGAAUGAUGACGGGAACUAUCCGACAGCACUGCUAAGUGAUUCCUUCCUGGUUCGUCCUAACAGGGCAAUCAGUUGACGAGGAAAGGGGACACAUACCCAUGCACACACACACACCCCUAACUAAAUACCCACCAGGACAGUGUGCCUGCACUGCUUUAUAACAGAUCCUAUCCACAUCAACAACCCUUACCUAAACCUAGCUAUCUCUAUACCAGCAAUAACCUUUUCAAACAGACAACUUCUGUUUCUUUCAAAUCCUACACAUCGUGCUAAAUUGUGAUAUGUAAUGCAAAAUGAGGCCGUACCCUGUGAACUUCAAUGGAAACACACACGCUUCCAUGCAUCAAUAUUUGGUGUGCUCAAUGGAAUCUGUAUCUUUGGUGGAACCAGUUCUGUCUCCCUGCACCCUUGUUGGCAAGGGAUUUCAACGUGGCAUAUUACCACCAGCAUCUGACUACUCCUUUAUAUUUCUACACAAAUUAUAGGCUGUGUACAAUAUGCCGCACCAAUUAGUCACACUACACUCGUGAACUCCGUGAACGAAAUGCUCAGGUUAACAAUUUGCAGGAUUUGUGUAGACAAACAUUUUUGAUUACACCUAUGGGUAAACUUUGGUGCUUUCAGACACGCUCUUCUUUCCCCCUGUGAUGGCAGUUGGUCUGAUGUUGGCUGCUGUUAUUAGUGGGGCUGGGUGUUGGGUGGGGCCCUGUUAUCAAGCAGCGCUCAGCCGGUAGGUUGCUAGUUCACUUCCUUCUACCAACAACCAUAUCCCACCAGAUUCGUAUCACGGAAAGACGGUAGAAGAUUAGGUAUUUUGGUAACUUGGGACACUAUGAGGAGGAAACGACAUGUGCAAGUUCAACAGAACCUGUUAUGACCGGCCUGACAUCCAGAUCAAUGAAAGUCUGUAAAUAUAAAAAAGAUGAACAGGUUUCGAUGUCCAUGUACUUAACUGACGACUGUGCUUGAUUUGUGUCAUCCUACGAGAUGUGACUUUGAGAUUUGGAAGGGAAGUUGAAUUCAAAUGCCUGUGAUUUUCUUAGUAAAUGUUGGAUGUGGGGGAGCUUUAGUAAAUCACUGAAUGCACUUUUGGUUCUUUUGGUUUAAAUUUUUCUUUUUUUCUUUUUUUCACUCCCCUCUGUCUCUUUUUGGUAUUUUGACUGCGUUGGGCGAGGUGGAAUAACAGCAAUCAACGGUUGUUUACCACCUGGAAUGAACAAUACUCCACACUGUCAACGUGCCCCGCUCCCCUCGACCCCAGGAGCUCACCCCUAAUCCCAUUCACCGGGCUUCAGACAGUCAUGCUAAGCCUAUUUAAUUCUGGGUGUUGGGAGAGGGAUCACUGUUUCUUUAUUUAUUAAUUUCCUUUGAGGUCAUGAUUUCCUAAUGCACUGUUAAGGGUGUAUUGUCUUCCAUAACCCCCCCCCCCCUGGAUCC